GCCGGGGCCGGGGCCGGAGCCGGAGGGCCGAGGCCGAGGUGCGGCGAGAGCAGCAGCGGCGGCGGCGGCGGCGGCAGCAGGAAGCCCCGAGAUGCCGAGCAAGAAGAAGAAAUACAACGCGCGCUUCCCGCCGGCCAGAAUCAAGAAGAUCAUGCAGACAGACGAGGAGAUUGGCAAGGUUGCAGCAGCUGUACCUGUCAUCAUCUCCAGGGCUUUAGAACUCUUUUUGGAAUCGCUGCUUAAGAAGGCCUGUCAAGUGACCCAGUCUCGGAAUGCCAAGACUAUGACCACCUCCCACCUGAAACAGUGUAUUGAGUUGGAGCAGCAGUUUGAUUUCUUGAAGGACCUGGUUGCCGCCGUGCCCGACAUGCAGGGAGACGGAGAAGACAAUCAUCUGGAUGGGGAGAAAGGAGCCCGCAGGGGCCGGAAGCCUGGGAGCAGCCGGAAGAAUGGUGGUGCCGGAGGAAAGGGGAAAGAUAAGAAGCAAUCUGGGACAGACUCGGAGCAGGAGGAUGAUUCUGAAGACACAGAGACAGAUGGGGAGGAGGAGAUGCCACAGCCCCCACCCCAAUCCAGCCGGCCCACGGCCCAGUUCCAGAGAGCUACAGCCAGAUUGAAGAUGGCAAAGGGAAACAGGAGGGCAGUUUUGAAUGUAAUUGUUGGGGUUGACGUGUAGACCCAGGCCCUGCAGAAGACCCCGUUCUCCCCUGUUCUUUCCCCUGGACCCCUCCAAACCGUCCUGCCCAGAACAACCCUUUUCAGAUCCUUUUCCCCAGGGACAGAGGGGGGAAGGCAGGAGCUGCAACAUUAAGUGACUGCUCUGGGCCAAGCCAUGAGGAAGACAUCCAAGAGCUCCCUCCCUAGAGGGAAGAGGAGGCCCGAUGCUUUAAUGACCUUUGGUGCCUGCUGUGGGGAGAAGUGGGCCUUAUGGCGCUGGGGGGGGGCCACCCUGCAGUGCCCACCCCACUGCUGGCUUGUGCCCUUUGUUUCUAUGGACCUUUCUACUUCAAGAUGCCUAAACAAAGCCUGUAAGGAUGCUGCCUCGCCCACCCCCUCCCCAGUCCUGACCCCUGGCAAAGCCCAGGAGCGGAGCUGGCUGGGCUCUGGGCAAGUCAGUCCUUUGGACCGUCACCUGCAUUGAGCCCAUGAUCUAGAGAGUAUCUAGGCCACCCCCUCUUAUUAUGGAUGAGGAAGCUGAGGCCCAGAGAUAUGAAAUGCCAUGGCAGACGUCCCGUGCAGCCACCUGGUGGCAGCUGCUCCCUGCAGAGCACUGUAGACGUCAUACCGUUGUGCCCCCUACCGCGGCAAGGCAACAGCUGUCCUCAUCCCCAGUGAGUGGGCAGCUGAGGCAGCUGACCCCCAGAUCAGUAAUGUGAUUGGUCAAGAGAAGGGUGGGUCACGGAGCUGGCAGCAUCUGAGGCAGAUUAGGUCUUCCCAACAACUCCAGACCCCACUCUGUCCAUUUGUCUUGACCCCUAAGCAGAAGGCAGCUGUACCCUGAAAGCUCCCCAGAGGGUGGCCCCUUAAAGAGCCCCCCAAAGUAAAUCAUGGAGAUGGGCCUCUGUUGAAAUUUACCUGUUAAGAGUAGUUAGGGGAGGGAGGG